GGCACCAGACAAACCAAAUCCUGAACUCGCUUCCCCCACCGCCAUCCUCCGGCCCUUUAACGUAAUUUCACAUCUCCCUCUUGGUUUUUCCUUUUCCCCUUGGUCUCAUCCAGAAUCAUCUACUUUCACACGUCUGAAAGAAGCCAAGUGGUCUGGUCUCUUCAGGGAACAGCGCCGACUAGUGGGGAUCAUUGAAAGUCGAAAACUUUGAACACCCCACAACGAAACUACUUCCCGAGAAAAUGAAAUCAGUAGUACAGAACAUUGGCCAGCGAUUCAGUGGGAGAGAUUCAUCAUGAAUUAAUGACUCAGUCAACUCGGAGACCCACCAGAUAGAGACUAGGCGUGGCGGCGAAGAAGAAGAGCAAGAACAAGUCAGCUUCUGCCAACGCUGUUCCUGCUUGCUGGCCCGUGCCAAUCUGUAACCCUCUUAAAGGCAUUUUAUACGUAGAGGGUUUUCAUGCAGUGGAAGCAAUACCCAUGUGCUUGGUGUCUGAUUUGUGCCGUACGGUUUGACAUAAAAUCGUAUUUUGGAUUUUCGGAUUGUGUUCAUUAGAUUUUCGGGUCGGUUGUGGAGAUCUGAAUCUAGUACAGAAAAAAGUAAAGCUGUAAGUUGUUUUCUUUUGUUUACUUUUCUUUCUCUUUUGAGGGAUUGAAGCUUGGUUUUGUCAUGUUUAUCUUUGUUUAAUUCAUAGAAGCAUCCAGAAAAGAGAGUGUGAAGACAAAGGUCUUAUCUUGUUCCUGUUCAGCACAGGCUCCAUUUUUAUCGGUGGUCUUCAAAAAUGGCGAAUCGGUGGUGGGCUGGUAACGUGGCAAUGAGACCGAAAGAUCCUUUGUCGUCUUCUCCAUCACUUCAUCUGAGAAACCCGGAAGAUGAUCAUGGUGGGUUGAACCGGUUCGGUGCUGUACGAGUACAAGACUUUCUGGAAAACAAUAAUAACACCACUCCAACCAAUAGCAGUAACAGCAACACUAACGCCAACACAAACACCACCUCGCAGAGCCAGAACGCCGACGACGGCGACAGCCGAGAUAACGGCCGCGAAGCUGAUGAUCAGAACCCGGGUAGCCAUGACGGCACGGAGCCGGGAAGCACUGGUCGGCGCCCUCGAGGACGCCCUGCUGGGUCGAAGAACAAGCCGAAGCCACCUGUGGUUGUGACAAAGGAGAGUCCUAAUGCCCUCCGGAGCCACGUGUUGGAAAUCUCCAGCGGCAGCGAUGUUGCUGAGAGCCUCGCCACCUUCGCCAACCGGAGACACCGUGGGGUGUCAGUGCUCAGCGGAAGUGGCAUCGUAACCAACGUCACUCUCCGGCAACCGGCAGCACCAGGUGGAGUCAUCACACUAAAUGGAAGGUUCGAGAUUCUGUCUCUAUCCGGCGCAUUUUUGCCUGCCCCUUCGCCACCUGGGGCCACCGGGCUAACUGUGUAUCUCGCCGGCGGCCAAGGGCAGGUUGUCGGUGGAGCUGUGGUGGGUUCACUGGUAGCGUCGGGUCCCGUGUUGGUAAUUGCAGCCACAUUCGCUAAUGCCACUUAUGAGAGAUUGCCACUUGAGGAUGAGCCAUCCGGGGAAGAAGUUGAAGCGAAAACACAGCAACAAUCAGCAGGAGUGAAUUCAGCAACUUCUGGGCCUCCUCCUUCAGCAUCUCAAGCUUUGAACGAACAAGUUUCGAUGCCUAUGUUCAGUAAUUUGCCUCCUAAUUUGCUACCAAACAAUGAUCAAAUGCAACAUGACGUGUUCUGGGGGAAUCCUGCUCGCCAUCCUCCUUCUUACUGAGAUUAAUCGAAGAAGUGGAAAAUGAAAGAGGUGUUUGUUCUUUUUACUGAUGACAAGUUUUUUUGUUCAUUUGUUAUGUUUAUGAGAAUCUCGAAAGAUUGUGUUUUUUGUGUAGAUCCCUCUUGUACUGGUUGUUGCUUCGUGUUUCCUCUAAUCUGCCCUUAUAUUUUUGCGUGGAAGAGCUUCAUUAGUGAAAUGACUGAAAUAGUAAAAUGCUUCAGAAAGAUGCAGGUAUUGACGUUUAUGGAAGGUAGGCAACCAGAAUCGUUGAAUCUGCUUGCUUUUUGCUUUUGCUAGUUUAGUAGCAAAAGCAGUAGUAGAGUUGCUGGAAAGUCAUGUAGUGUUGGUGAGAUCAAGCUAAAGUGUGUGAAAGAUGGGAUAGACUGUGGGCUGCUUUUAGAAUUUUGAGUUGCUCAAGAAAUUCCAAGUUCUUUGCACCUAAAACAAAAGGUGUAAAUAUAAUGAAAGACUAUCUUGUUUUGGACC